ACAGGAUUUUUAUCUUGUAUUUAUUUUAGUGCAAUAUUUCUCUGGAGUCAUGGCCAUCCAAGAUGAGAGUUUUCUACGGCGACGGCUGGCGGAGAAUAAUGCCUAUUUCAGCCGCAUGGUUAACUUGGUUCCUGCGGAGCUGUACUUACCCAAAGACGACAACAACGACGGCGAGGCUAAUGCGAAAUAUUUUAAGAACAAGCGGCAAGCUGCACCCAAGCAAUUGAAAAAGGAGGAAUCGAAACGAGGGAAGAAGAUGAAAUUUGAUCCUGCCAACAUGAAGACGGUGACGGAGCUUCAGACAGAGAGGGCGGCUAAAGAGAAGGAAGAGAAGGAGCGAAGUAAAAGGAUGCGAGAAGAUGCAAAUGAGGUGGGGGAGGGGGAGGUGGAGGACAGUGAGGAUGAAAACGAUGGUGACAGUGACGGAGUUUUGGAGGAGAGCGAGGAGGAGGGAGAGGAGGAAGAGGAAGAGGAGGAGGAGGACGACGAUGCUGGCGAUCAAAAACAUGAGAAGGGAGGGACUUUGCCGAAGGAAGCAAGGGAUACUUCAAAAGGAGGAGGCAUCGAAGAGGAAAAGGCGGAAGAAAUCGGUGGCGGGGGUCUUCAUAUCGCGGCCAACAAUUUCAAAAAAGCGAAGGAAUCGGGCCAGGGGUCGACGACCCGUGGGCCUCUGUCUUUGGUCGGUACCACACCACGGGCUAAGUCUAUCGAGGAGCUCCGAGAACGUCUGCGGCUCAAAAUUGAGGAGGCGCGGGCAAAACGCGGAGGCGUCAGUGAAGGUGGAAACCGUCGAAGUGCCAAGAACAGCAGAGCUGCGGCAGCUGCUGCCAAUUUGAACCAGAACAAGCGAAAGAAAGGGCAGCUCGCGUCGCUUCCUUCCUCCUCUCCGACAACCUCACCUGCUGCUGCAGCAGUAGCGGUUGGUCUGAGCAGUGGGAGCAGUCAUCAAAAUGACGCCUCUGUAGAUAUUCAGUUUGGUAAGAUUGCCGUUCCUACUCCAGUAGCUUCUCGGAACUUGAAAAAGGGUGGUAAGAACCUUGUGGGGUUGCUGAAGAAGGCUGAGGAGAAGGAGAAACGCUUGAAGGAGUUGCAGGCGACCGAGGGAGGAAAAGAAGAGGCAUCCGCAUUACUCUGGAAGGAUGCAUUGAAAAGCGCGCACGGAGAAAAGAUCCUGGAUAAUCCAAAGCUGUUAAAGAAGGCGAUCAAGAAGAAGGAAAAAGCCAAGGCAAAAAGUAAAGAGAAAUGGGGAGAUAGGACCGCAAAAAUUGAAGCGGCAGAGAGGGAAAAACAAGGAAGACGAGAGGCCAAUUUGAAGAAAAGAAAGUUGGGAGGUGUUGAAGGCUGUCUAGCUGGGUCCAAGGCGGAGAAGGACAACAAAGAGAAGAGCGGGGGACGGCAAGGUCGGGCAGGCUUUGAAGGAAAAAGGGCAGAAUUUUUAAAUAAAGGUGCUGGGAAGAAGAGGAAUGAGCAAUUUGAUGAUGAAACGCAUUUCAAUAAAAAAAAGAGGCCGGUGGUGGAAGUGCAAGCAGAAAGGGACAAGCAUUGAACAGCGGUGGAGCUGGAAAAGGUCAUAACCAUCAUCAGUAGAAAGAAUGCGUGUUGGUCGUACAGGACAAAGUAACUCAGAAACAAUUAUUUAUUAAACGGGAAAAA